UUUGUACAGUAUGUGUCUUAAAUAGCUGCUGCUGGCGACAACUCAUCACCUCUGCCCCAAAUUGACACACAAUGAAACAUCCCACCCAUGCACUUUAAAUCCGAUCACUCCUGAUAGUCUUCCAGAGAGUCAGACCAACAUCCAAGAUGCCUGUCGACUACAGUGGGACGUGGGACAUGGUCAGCACAACCAAUUUCGAGGGCUACAUGGCUGCACUUGGCAUUGAUUUUGCAACACGUAGGAUUGCCUCGGUGUUGAAGCCCCAGAAAGUGAUUAAGCAAGACGGAGACAGUUUCUCAAUCAAGACAUUCAGUACUUUCAGAAAUUAUGACCUUUCAUUUAAAAUUGGAGAGGAGUUUAAAGAGGUGACCAAAGGGAUGGACAACAGGACGUGCCAGACUGUGGUCAAUUGGGACAAUGAUAAGCUGGUGUGUGUUCAGAAAGGAGAGAAGAAGAACCGAGGGUGGACUCACUGGAUUAAUGGAGACGAGCUCCAUCUGGAACUUACUUGCCAGGAUCAAGUCUGCAAGCAAGUUUACAAAAGAACUCUGUGAUCUUUGAAACCGUGUCAGAACCAGGGAACUUCAUCCUCAGUAUUUCCAUGAGAGGAGCCUGCUUUAAUAAACCACAUGAAGAGCAUGUAAUCUGAUUGUAAUGUGUGUCAUUAAACGCUGCAGCGCUGCAGUACCUCCUCCUGGCCACACGGUGGUGCUGUACAUUAAACACUGAAUUAAACUCAGGA